AAAUGAGGGGCUUGUAUUCUAUUAUAUAUAUGCACACGAGUCCUUAUCUUUUGAGUUCAGAAGCUCAGAAAGAAAGUUUAGAGACUUCUACAGACAUCAAAGUUAUUAACAUUUUUGAGUUGAGAGAUAUUAUGGCAGAGAGAACAUCAAGCUUUUGUUGUACAAAAGCAAAAGCACGAAAUGGUAUUCGUGCAAGUAGUGAUGAUGGUAAUAAUUGCGGUUCCGGAACAAAGUGUGGGCGUUGGAACCCUACUUCUGAACAAGUUAAAGUUCUGACUGAGUUGUUCAAGUCCGGACUUCGAACUCCGAGCACUGAUCAGAUCCAGAAAAUCUCCUCUCAGCUUAGUUUCUACGGCAAGAUCGAGAGCAAGAACGUAUUUUACUGGUUUCAAAAUCAUAAAGCUAGAGAAAGACAGAAGCGGCGUAGGGUUUCUGUAGAUGAGAAGGAGAUCAUCAUUCGUAGAGAUGAUAGUCUUUCAGCAGCUUCUGCAAGAUAUUUUUCUGAGAUAAGUAAUGUUUCUGUGCCAGAAAGAGUGAUUGAAACACUGCAACUUUUCCCAUUAAACUCAUUCAAUGAAGGAGAAUCAGAGAAGCUUAGAUUUCAAGAAAAUGAAUGCAAAGAACCCACAUCUUUUUCCUACAGGUUUGGUGCAGAAAUGGAUCAUCCACCAUUGGAUCUGCGAUUAAGCUUUCUGUAAAACAAGAGAUCUUGGAGUUAAUGGGUAGGAAGAAUGUUUUAGCUAGGGUUAUCAUGAAGGAAUUGUAAGAUAUAAGUAUGUUUCAGCUAGGGUUAAUCUUGAUUGUUUAAUUGUUGUUUUAUAUUUUUCUUUGAAUUCGAGAACUUAAUUUUAAAGACGAUUUCAGAAUUAAGCAAU